GUUUUCUUCUUUUAAAAUUGUAUUGUUCUUGUCGCCUUUUUAAUUUUCUUUGUGAGAGUUUUUACUUUUCUUAAAACCCAUUCCUGUCAUUUUAAUGGGAUUUGGAAAGGGAACUGAGGUAAACAUAUGCUUAGUCCUUCCCCCUCCUUCUGCAGAGAAAACUGAUGCACAGAAAAGUAAUACAACUUUUUUUUAAUAAGUUAAUAGCAAGCUAAAAUUAGGUUAUUGGUUUUUUGACUCACAGUCUAUAUUUCUUCUACCCCACCCAUAGCAGCUGGCACCUUUCUUUCUGCACUGGAGAGCCUUCAGCAAUGCUAGAUCUUACUAAACCUGAGGAGGGAUCCUGCUUGUUUUUUGACUAUCACUUCCAUUUAGCAUUCCUAAUAAGUGUGUCCCCAAACUUCAUAUAAGUGUGUACAUGUGCUUUUUUUACUUAUAUUCACUUGAGAGUCAGAACCCUGACUCUGUGAGAGCACCUGAUAGACUCAUGUCCCUCCAUAGUGACUCAAAAGUUUUGGCUGAAAAAGAGGAGGCUCGUCUCCCUCUCGAGGUACUGAUGUUGCUUGCAUUUACUGAAUAUCUGCUUCUGGAUGUCUGUACACAGCAAAAAGCACUGCCGUUUCUUUCUAAAAUUGGACAUAUAUAACACACGGUUUUGAUAUGGAAUCAGUUUUAAAUGGUAUGUGGUCCCCUCUCCCUUCCUCAUCCUUCAUUUUACAAAUGAGACUGACUUAAAGUCACGUAGCUAACGAGAAGCAGUGUCAACACUGAUGGAUUUUCUUCUGACUCCCUACCCUGUUUACUCCAUCAGAAACUGGCUGCGUAUUGGGAAAUGGUUCUUGAGAUUUAUUUCUGUCAGAGGCAGCUAUACCAAAUGGGGUCCUGUGAGAGUAUUCAUGUCUUCCCAUUUGCACUGUGGGGAAAACCUUAAUCAGCUGCAUCAGAUCUCAUUAUGCAUCAGAAAAAUGAAAAAACAGAAGAAAAUUUUAUGGAGGAAAGGAAUCCAUUUCGCCUUUUCUGAGAAAUGGAGUACUGGAUUUGGAGGCUUUAAGAAGUUCCAGUUUCACCAGCACUUGUGCGUUCUGAAAGCCAAACUGGGAAGGCCAAGUACGUGGAGCGGGCAGCUGAGGCAUUUCCCGCACAGGAGGAAGGCCCUUCAGAUUCAGAAGACAUGGAUCCGCGGUGCGCCAUUUUUUGCUAAGGCAAAGUCCAGUGUGGCUCCUCAAAAUGCUAAUACUUUGUCCUCUAAAGUGAAAAGAAAAGACUGUAAACACUUCAUUUCCUCCUCAAGGACCCUCCUAAAACUCCAAGCAGAGAGACUGCUGUCAUCAACAGCGAACUCUGACCAUGAAUACUGUGGAGAGAAAAGUCUCUUGAAGGCGGUUGCUGACUUACCAGCAAAUAGUGUUUUAGGUCAGGUCAGUGGUCACAGACCUAGGACGGAGCCACAAGCUUCUGACUUUCCCAUGAAGUUCAAUGGGGAGAGCCAAAGUCCAGGUGAGAGUGGCACAAUUGUGGUCACCUUGAGCAACCAUAAAAGAAAGCGCUUUUGUUAUGGCUGCUACCAAGGGUUGGAGCACCACAGGAAUGGGGGACCCCUGAUUCCAAAAAAGUUUCAACUGAACCAACAUAGAAGAAUAAAAGUAUCUCCUUUUAUGAUGUAUGAGAAAUUAUCCAUGAUUAGAUUUCGGUACAGGAUUCUCAGAUCCCAGCACUUCAGAACAAAAAGCAAAGUUUGCAAGCUAAAAAAAGCCCAGCGAAGCUGGGUGCAGGUCACUGGGGACCAUCAAGAGACCCUUAGGGAAAACAGUGAGGGUGGUAGCUGCAGUCCACUCCCUUCCCCGGAACCUAAAGACCCUUCUUGUCGGCAUCAACCAUACUUCCCAGAUAUGGACAGCAAUGCUGUGAUGAAGGGAAAGAACUCUCAUGUGCCUGACGGCCACACUAAAGGAAGCUCUUUCUUGGGCAAGGAGCUCAGUUUAGAUGAAGCAUUCCCUGACCAACAGAAUGGUAGUGUCACAUACACCUGGGACCAGUCACCCCGUUCCUCUCCUAAGUGGGAGAGUGCAGAGCUGAUUCACGAUACGCCCUUAUCAGAACAUCAUUCUAGUAACAUGUUUAUCUCAGAAAACGAAAGAGAAGUCAUGACUCUGGGUCAGGAAAAUCGGACAAGUACUGUCAGCGAUGACAGAGUAAAACUGUCAGUGUCUGGGGCAGAUCAGGCCGUGAGUGGUGUAGAUGGGCCUGUGUCCGAAAAGACUGUUCAGAAUGAGAGCUCAUGCCAGAUGGAUGAGGAUGGAUCUCUCAAGCAGAACAUUCUUAGUUCUAAGUUGCUGGACCACCCUUACUGUAAAAGUCCACUGGAGGCUCCUGUGAUGUGUAGUGGACUCAAACUCGAAAAUCAAGCAGGAGGUGGGAGGAACAGUCAGAAAAUCUCUCCCGUGGAUGACGAACAGCUGUCAAUCUGCCUUUCUGGAUUCCUAGAUGAGGUUAUGAAGAAGUAUGGCAGUUUGGUCCCACUCAGUGAAAAAGAUGUCCUUGGAAGACUAAAAGAUGUCUUUAAUGAAGACUUUUCUAAUAGAAAACCAUUUAUCAAUAGAGAAAUAACAAACUAUCGAGCCAGGCAUCAAAAAUGCAACUUCCGCAUCUUCUACAAUAAGCACAUGCUGGAUAUGGAUGAUCUGGCAACUCUGGAUGGUCAGAAUUGGCUGAAUGACCAGGUCAUUAAUAUGUAUGGUGAGCUGAUAAUGGACGCAGUCCCAGACAAAGUUCACUUCUUCAACAGCUUUUUUCAUAGACAGCUGGUUACCAAAGGAUAUAAUGGAGUAAAAAGAUGGACCAAAAAGGUGGAUUUGUUUAAAAAGAGUCUUCUGUUGAUUCCUAUUCACCUGGAAGUCCACUGGUCUCUCAUUACCGUGACACUCUCUAAUAGAAUUAUUUCAUUUUAUGAUUCCCAAGGCAUUCAUUUUAAGUUUUGUGUAGAGAAUAUAAGAAAGUAUUUGCUGACUGAAGCCAGAGAAAAAAAUAGACCUGAAUUUCUUCAGGGUUGGCAGACUGCUGUUACAAAGUGUAUUCCACAACAGAAAAAUGACAGUGACUGUGGAGUCUUUGUGCUCCAGAACCAAGCAUGUAGAAGAGAGAACUGUGUUCUGAAUCUUAAUGCCCAAAAGUGGAGUUGCCGGCCUCCUCCUCCUGAGAAAUGGUCACCUCCUCGGCGCUGAGGCAAGCAGGGGUGCGCGUAGGUAACUCCAGUCAGCUGUCCAAGUCCAGCUUCCCUUUCACUUUCAGCUUCAUAGGGCACCUUGAGGUGUACCGUUCAGCUUACUUUUGCCUAAAUGUCAGUUGUUCUAAGUAUGGUUCAAAAUGUUCCUCUAUUUAUGAACUUGGUUUUAGCACACAUAGUUGCUUUGCCCCCUUAUUCUUGUGAUUAGGUGUAAACCUAUUAGCCCAAGCCUCUGUCCUGAUGUUUGCAAUAAAUUACUUCCUUGCAACAAAGACAUUUUUAAAACAGUCUGGGCUCCUGGUGGCAGAGACUGGCAUUGUUUUAUUGUCAGUAGCUUGGCACUGAAUUGUUUGGGUGCCUACAAAGUGGGCAGACCUUAUACUUUUGGGGUUGAGUGCAGGCCUUGUACAAACUAAAAGCUGCUUAUGAUGUGCCUUCAAGCUGCCCAGUCCAUCAGCAAAUUUACUUGUCUGUAGUUAUUUCUUCCCAGUGAUUUGUCCUUAAGUUAAAUCUAUGCCAUGAAUGUAGAUUUAAUUCAACUUUUAGUUCUCUUAAGAAAGGGAAAAGAAGCAGUUGCUGCCAAUAAUCCCUGCGUUUUGGCUUUGCAUUGUAUUUUCUGCUUCUCACUGAGCAUGAGUGACCCUGUCAUCUUGGAUUCAGAGUUGGAACAAAACAACAUCCCUUAUUGGGACACAGCCAGCACUAGUGUGUGAGCUGUCCUUUUUCUCCACAGGUAUGGUCACCGCUUCCCCAGGUGAGAAGGGCUGACCGGGAGAGCUUUAGGUGGAUCAGACACUUCAUAGGAGAUAAAGUAUGGGAAUAAUAGUGUGGACUGAACAUACUGACUACCUGCUCUGCUUGAUUAAGAACCCGAGCUAAUCAGCAGUUGUAAAGCACCUACUUCUUAUGUGUGAGGCUCUGCCUCCUGGCCUAUAGAUAAUGAAGACCUAGGGACUAUACUGUCAGAGAAAUGCUAAUUGUAUUUGGGUGUUACAAAAACAGGCCUAGAUAAGCUGUUCACUUAAAUGGUACCUUUUGGUCAGAGAAAGAAUUUAUUUAAAGAUUGUGAUCAUGUAAAAUUACUCAAACCUUCUAGCAAAAAUAUUUUUUUGAAAAAUAAACUAAAUGCCUUUAUAAA